AUGUCUACCGAAACACCUAUUGAAAACACUAAGCUAGCUGAGUCCACCGCUGUUGCCCAAGACAAGGUCGCAGAGAUUGCGCAUGAGAAGGAACAGCAGGCUACCGAGACCAAGGAGGCCGCCGUGAAAGAUGCUCAGGAGCAGGCCGCGCACGCGGCAGGUGAACCCGAGAAAAAGGUGGAACAGAAAGUGGAGGCAGCCAAGAGCGAGACUGAGGCUCAGGCUGAAACCGUUAAGGACAAGACAGCUACUGCUGCUGCUACGGCUUCCAAGCCAAGUGCUGAGACUACCAAGAACGAGGAACAGCCUAGCAUCUUUAAGAAGCUUGUGGCCAAGAUCAAGAAGUUGUUGAAGUAA